AUGAGCGGCGAGCCUUCUCGUCCGGGGCUCCAUCCGCUUUCACAUCUCAAAGCUGGGCCGACAACGUCCAGCUCUAAGUCAACAGCUUCGGCAAAUGGGAGGCCAUCUUCUCGAGCUUCACAUCGACCCCGGUUACAUAAGGCCUCUAGCCGGGAUACUCAGACUGACGCGACGGGCGACAAGGCAACUGCUGCUUUAAUCCGUCGCGUCCUAUGUUCGCAGACGGGUAACUUUGGAGGCGCAUCAACAUUACAGUCCCCGGAAGAACUAUUGCCUCCACUUACAAGCUCGAAUGAAGUGGAUUGUCAGCUGUAUGCCUUGAUCGCGGUUAUCAUUAAAGAAUUUGUCUUCUCCUGGUAUUCAAAGAUUACAUCGGAUCAGGUUCUCAUCAACGACGUCAUCCAGGUGAUUGCGCAUUGUACGCGGGCGGUGGAACAGAGACUGCGCGACACUGAUGUUUCACAGUUAGUUCUGGACGAGAUACCGGCUUUGGUUGAAGCGCAUAUUAUCUCAUAUAGACUAGCUGGAGAACAGUCUCAACUAUCAGGCCUUACCCCCUCUGCUCGCGAGAUUUAUCAUAGUCUCAACCCUCACCCGGGCCUUUCUCCAAUCCCAGACCCGACGGAUACCCACACCAUCACCCAGCAAGCCGAUAAUGAAGCCAGAUAUAGACAGCUAUUGGUGAGUGGGGUAUUGGCUGUGCUUCUGCCAACAGAGGAUCUAAAGAAUGCCUGCUUGCGGACGCUAGUUUGUGAUAUCUUGGCAGAUCUAAUAAUUGGAAAUCAAGUUAGUGGGAAGAUGUGUGAGGGGUGGUUCUUGUGGGAGAGUGUCACAAAACUGAUUGACGUGGUGGGAAGUCGCCAGAGUCAUGAGAUUGAUGCAACAACUGCAGUACCACCUAGAAAGAAUCAGUUACAAAAGUUCGACCUGCUAUCUCCCCAGGAAGACUUCCGGAAACAUCAUUCGUCAUCAAGUGCCCAAUUACGGGUUCCAGACUGGGUGUGGAAAAUCCUUCAAUUCGGCUUCCUAGUCUACGUGACCUUACGUUUCAUUGUGACGGGCAUUUUUCGCGUUGCAUCCACGUCAGUGGCCUCGCCCUCGUCCUUUACCGGCCACACAAACGAGGCGUCCGCUCCAUGCAACCCUCCCCGGAAGCGUCCCGUUCUCAAUUAUGGACUAUACAGCAUGCUUUCACAACUACUAGAUAUUCCCCGGCGGAUGCCAUGGUUGGGAGGGCUGCUCGCACUCUUUCAACACUUGAUCUUGGCAGGUCCAGGCCGAAUAGGUGACACUGAUAGUGUUCUUGACAGGUUCCUCCACGAGACCAUUCAGAAUCAUGUCUUCACCCCCACCUUAUUGCCCAAUCUCCUCCGCGCGUCCAGGGCGGCACUUUUCCCUUCGAAUGCUCGCUCAACUCAGGCAGCCAGCGCGAAUCAAGACGACGCUCCGGCUCCGCAUUUGCCCGCACAACCGCCAGCGUCCCCUACGGAAACGAGCCCGCCUAGCGACGCCGCUGGCGCAAGUAACGCCAGCAGUAGCGUCUUAACGACUAGUAUUUCCGCGACUGCGCCUUCCUUAUCGCCGGAACAGCGUCCUACCGCGGCCGAAAUCGCUUCUAUCAAGCGAAGGUGCGCGGUAAGCAUCCUGUCAUUGGUCCCUCGUCCCAUUGCGCGGCGCUUCUUGGGUGUUCCAGAGAAAAUUGUCAUUGGACAAACGCCCCCUGAGCGCCAAGAGCAUUUUAAGGCUUCCAAUGGACAGAACCACCAACAUUCGGAACCGGUUUGUACCUUAUCACCUGACUCACUAUCAAACGAUGAUCUAGAAGAGUCGCUCCUUCUCGCGGCAAUUGAGAACGACGUUCUGGAUCUAUUCGCCGAUGAGUAUUGCAAUAAACAUCUAAUCUACUCGAUCAUUGAAACCGUCCUAGCAAGGCUUCUCCCCGAGCUAUCGGAACGCAGCUUAACGGAGUUGAUGGAAGACCGGGGCGUGUCUUUAGACAGCGACUGA